CUACCUUUUUGAACGAACACCAGUGAAAAAAGAUCAGACAUUACCAGCCCAUUUUUCCGGACAACCGUCCCUCAAAAGCAAAGUCUGCAAAUAUCUUUUCAUCUCAUUCCGAUUCUUCGCGCACUAUCCUCACGUCAGUCGUAGCUUUUCGUGGCCUUGUUGCUUAAAUUUGACUCAGUUUUUUCUUUUCUCAAGUUGGUUCUUCUCGUGCAACUGUUUCUCACCCCAUCCACCACGACAUCCUCGCUGGUAUUGGCGACGCAUUCUUCCAAUUUUCUUUUGUCUAUGGGGCCGGCUGUUGAUGCCAGGCAUCCCAGGCAGCAUCAGUAUCGCUUCCCCUUGUCUCCUCCGAGUUCCGGAUCCGUCACCGCCGCUUCGUCGCCCCGGAUAUCAUCAUCCUUGUCUCCCACCGACUCCCGAGUCCUCGACAAUCUGCUGCAGGCAAAUUCCGCCUUUCCUUGGGUCCAUGCCGAUGUUGCCACUGACUCAGAUGGGUACACCACCGAAAAGACAAGACCUCGUCGUAAUUCACGCAGGUCUCCACCUCGACAAUCGGCUACCCGCGCUGUGACGCUGCCUUCGACGGCGACCGCCUUUCCACAUUCUCCUUCCAACUCUCGCUCAUCACCCAGGACUGCUACCCGGCCCCUGUUUCAGCGGUCGAACCCUUCGUCGUCGUCCUCCUCCAUCUCCCCAACCCACGAUCAAAGCCUAUCCCACCCCUCGUCUUCUGGCAUCGGUCGGAAGGUCGCGGCAUCAUUACGGCUUUUUAAAGAAACUGACGUCCACUCUGACGAACCCAAGUCUAGUGACGUAUCGUCGAAGCUCGAUUCCGGUAAACGAACAACAGCUGGUUCAUCAUCCAAGCCAGACAGCGUUUCCGAAGCCAAGUUUGAGUUUGUCAAGCGUUCAGAAUGGCCCGAUCGAGAGACCGCUGCUCUCCGGCGCGAGAGGAGCUCGACGGCGUUGCAGAGGGUCAGGACCAGAGAGAGCGUCGUCAGUUCCGGAGAUGAGUCUUACAGGACCAAGGACAGAAAACCAUCCGUUCGAGAGAUGAAGAUUGCAGAUCUCACGAAAUGGCGAAAGGAGGUCAUGAGUGUGAUGGAUGCGCGAGGACGGCGACGCGAUCGAAUAGAGUCGUCCUCGGACUCGGUUCCUGGUCCGUCCACAUCGGCACCUUUCCAGCCUUCUUCCCCCCGUUCUUCUUCCAGCCGUCCACAUUCCCAGAUAUAUCCCCCCUCUCCUUCACCGUCACGUUCACCUUCGGACCGACUUGUCAAAUCUGCAGCAAGUCGUCCAUCGUCCAGUACCGGCAUUGUCUCUCUGCCAUCACUUAAUCCCAUAACAACCACCUUUUCUCUUCCAUCGUCUCCUUCUCCCCAGCGUGAUGAAUCACAACUUAGUCUCUCGUUCCCCACCACUCCAAAUGACAUUUUCUCUGCUUCUCCGUGGUCGACAGAGGACGAAUCCACUUGGGAAUCCGCAUCUGUUGCCACCAGCGCAUCCACCACCUCAGCAUACUCUUCCUACCACUUGUCUCAUGGCCCAAACCUAUCGUCGACGUUCGUUCAAUCCUCAGAUCAUCCGGGAGAAUCGCAGCUCUUCUCCCCUUCGGAGAGCACAGAUGUUGCUGUCAAUGAAGGGGAUGCGGAGAAUCCCGAUAUGGAUUUAUCACUGACACAUAUACCGCUGCGGCCUUUCCGAAACCAAGUAGGCGGACAUAGCGCCAUUUACAAGUUUACGAAACGGGCAGUGUGUAAGCCUCUUGUCUCUCGUGAAAACCUUUUUUACGAGGCUGUUGAGCGGGAAGCACCGCCCCUACUUUCAUAUAUACCGCGUUAUCUAGGUGUUAUGCUGGUGAGCUACCGGCGAGUUCCAAAGGGUUUAUCAUCCUCUCCUCCAAGAAAAAAUAAAGUUGAUGAUGAUACCCCUCGACCUCCAUUCAUCAAGUCAGCAGCUACUAAGAUCCCUCAGGCCGUUCCCGAUGUGUAUGGUGAAGGUGAUACAGACAGUGAUGAAGCCGAGAUGCCGGAAGUAGUCUUGGAUCGUAACCGACAUAUCAUUCCUGAAUGGAUGUUACGUGGAGGGAGAAACAGAUCAUUAUCACAGUCCAAUGUGGCGGGAUCAUCUGUGUGGGCAAGCCGACAGCUUCAGCGCCAGCGCCUUGGAGGGACCGCAUCGAGUCCGGACUUGAACAUUGAUGGACAAGGGAUGAUGAUACCAAGACCUAAACCUAGUCCGUUGUCGCGAUACCCUCCGUAUAUCUCGCCGUCGUUGGAAGCGCCUACGCCAGCUAACUCUCCAAAGGUGAUCAAUCGUGUGUUUCCACCAAGGCUUGCAGAGUGUCCUACGCCUCGCCAAUUUUUACGCAAGUCCGCUGCCUCCGACGAAGACGACGGGUUUGGCAGGUUCUCAGAGCGAGUACCUUCAGGUUCACUGUGGUUUGACGGUACUGGAUCUACGACGGUGAACACCAAGUUCAAGGACCAUGUCUUCAGCACCGUGUUGCGGCGGUUCAGAAGGAGGACAGGUGGAAGAUGGCCGGGUGCGGGAGUAUGCACCGAAGACGAGGGUGACGUGGCGGAUGCCGAGAGCGACGAUAUACAUACGGGUCGGCGCGCGACUCGACGCUCUAGGAAGCUGCUUAGCCAGAUCGAGAGCCUUCGAGUCGCGGAGACAAGCUCGCCGAUACGGCGGACCCAGAGCGAGUCGAUCAUUGCAAGCCCUGAGAAGCUAGAGGCUAUGGCAUUGGAACAAGAGCAGAAUCAGGACAUCAUGGGUGUAUUUGAACUGGACUAUGAUGCGAGACCCGACGUUCUCGAUGGCCAGAAUAAGUUUGAAAAAUGGGGGGGUGGCCGAGCUCUGUCGAGACAACGGAGUAGGUCCAGGUCGUUGGGUACGCGUCCUUCACAGCCACAGCAUCCACCAUUAUUGUCUUCCUUGACGGAUAGUGCAAUCCCAGAGAAGAACGAAGGUGAUAUGUUAUUUACGAGGCAGAAUCAUUUUAUCCUCAUGGAAGACUUGACGGGACGUCUGAAGCGGCCGUGUGUGAUGGAUUUGAAGAUGGGGACCCGCCAGUAUGGCAUGGAUGCUACUCUGGCGAAGAAGAAGAGUCAGAGGAAAAAGUGCGACCGAACGACGAGCAGAACGUUAGGAGUGCGACUCUGUGGUAUGCAGGUUUGGAACCAUGUGACACAGUCUUAUGUGACGCAAGACAAAUAUAUGGGGCGCGAGGUCCAGCCUGACGCUUUCUCGUCGGUUCUAGCUUCGUUUCUGUAUGAUGGGGAGCGGUUACUAGCCCAUCAGAUUCCGGUGUUGCUCCAGAAGAUCUGCGGACUUGCGAAAAUAAUUUACCGGCUAAAAGGUUUUAGGUUUUAUGGGUGCAGCCUGCUCCUAAUUUAUGACGGCGACCGAGAGACGCAGGACGUGUUUGGGCUAUCAGCAAUGGACCAUCCUUCUCCACGGAGCAAGCGGGGAGAGUCACUUGAGAGACGAAGUGCGCAUUUUUCAAAGUCGGACGCAGACUCGGACAAGCCGCAGUUGAGAAGGUCACACAGCGAAGAUUUGUUGUUCGGCGGUCCGGCGGGCGAGAACACGCGUAAACGUGGGGAGGUGAACGUUCGAAUUGUGGACUUUGCGCACACGACCACAGGGAAGGAUUGGUUGCCGUAUCCUGGACCUGGGGAGGACAUGCCGCCGCACGACGUGUCAACGAGUUCUAAGGGCUAUCAAGCGGAAGUCGACUUGGAGACUGGCCUGAUAUAUGCAAGAUUCCCACCACACUUCCCAGAACAACCGGAUCGUGGAUUCUUGUUUGGGCUCAAAAGUCUGGCAGGAGCUUUGGAAGGCAUAUGGAACGAGGAGAGGUUGAGACGGAUCAAGACAGCAAAAGAUGUCUAUCAAUUGCCGCCACUUUCGGUAGAAGGGAGGGAGAUUUUCGAUGAGAUCUUUGGGGCCGACGAGGAGGAUGUAGGAACGUUGUCGACAUAGAUCGGGUUCUAUUUCUAUUUCUCCUUUCACUGGUAUUUCUUGCUAUUUGGUCGUAUACACGUAUAAUUUGCGUUAAUUCAUCGUCGCGUCUCGUCUAGCAUUGUAUUUUUUUUAUACCUACGCAUUGCACGCCUACUCAUCUACAUUUUUUCCGUUUCUUUUAUUGCAUGUAGUGUAGCACGGC